UAAUAUUUCUUAUAUCUGGUUGUGAAUCACUGCCAUUGCUACCAGACUGUAUUUUAAGACUCAUUUUUCAUUUAAAAAAAUACACACUAACGGAGUGCAAACAAUUGUUGUAACACUGCCGUUUGUAGGUGGUUGUAAAUGGUUUGUUUUUUCUAGGGAAAAUAUGAUGUUCCAGAGACCUGUUGCACAGUUAGCACGCAUUCCAAUUUCUAGCGGGAGAAAAAAGGAAAACAAACAGAAGUACUGUCUGCUGGGUUCCUGUCAAACACAAAAUGAGAAGUUCUCGGAGACUCCACCUCGUGUGACUGAUAUCUCAUCAAUUACGAAGAGUAGCUUAUUGGAGGAGGAAGAUAGUAAUCUUUAUGAUAACCCUCUCCACAGCACUGCACUGGAGGACGAGAAUGGUACACAGAAGAAACAUGAAACAGUGUCUCACAAUAAGCCUAAGAAAAAUAAAGCAGUGUCUAUGAAAAACAAGGGAGUUACUAGCAAGACAAUGAGACCUGUGGCAAAGACACAAAAAACAACCUCACGCUCACUGAAGCGUCUUUCUGCAAUGCUGGAAAGAGAGGAUAGUAGUGAUUUGGAAAGUGAAGCCUCGAUCAGUGAAGCUGAUUCUGUAGACAAUUCUCAGACAGAUACCACAGAAAAGUCUGAACCAGAACAGAGCAGAGCAAAGGCAGGGAUGAAAUCUGCUGCUGUGAGCAAACCCAGAACACGAAGAAAACGGACACAGAGACUGUCCCCAUCUGUAGAGGAAAGCUCAGAUGAGGAAGCUUCUGACGUGACCCCUCGGUCACAGGCUCAGACAGAUACCACAGAAGAGUCUGAACCAGAACAGAGCAGAGCAAAGGCAGGGAAGAAAUCUGCUGCUGUGAGCAAACCCAGAACACGAAGAAAACAGACACAGAGACUGUCCCCAUCUGUAGAGGAAAGCUCAGAUGAGGAAGCUUCUGACGUGGGUCCUCAGAGUUCAGAUUUGUCAGCACAGUCACAGAGAAUCGCCACAAAAGAGUCCAGACAAAUGCAGAGCAGAGCAAAGGCAGGGAUGAAAUCUGCUGCUUUGAGCAAACCCAGAACUCAAAGAAAACAGACACAGAGACUGUCCCCAUCUGUAGAGGAAAGCUCAGAUGAGGAAGCUUCUGACGAAAGUUCUAAUCCAAAAAACAGCUCAAAGCCUGUUGGGAAGAAGAAGACAAAGAAACCUUCAUCUGCAUCUUUGGAUGAAGCUGGACCCUCCAAAAAGGUUAAGAAAUCACCAAAAAACAUGACAGAGCUUGAUGUGGUGCUGGAUGUGUUUCAGGGUUUUGUGUCGGAGUACAAGGAGACUGUUGAAUCCAGUGUGUGCAGAAAUGCAAUAGAGAGACUGUACAACAAGGUUUCUGAUCACCUUCUUGAAACGAUAACUGAAGUGAAAGAGUGCACAGAACUAAAAAAGAAAAACACAAAGGAGGGAAAUACAUCUGAGAAAAGUCCAGAAAGAGUAUGCAGAACUGAAAGACAGAUACACAGAUCUGAAGAGUGGCACUACAUUUUUAGACGACUUCAAGGAUCUGCAGAUGCGGUAUUUAGAGCACAGAAAUAACAACCCUGGAGAGAAAGAAAAGUAUGGUCUAUCCAGCCUUCCUUCAUUACUGCUGGAAGCACGGGGUGUUUUGGGAGCAGAAGAGCAGCUCCAGAAUAUCAACUUUAAACUACAGCAAGCUAUUGGAAAUUAGGCAAAAGCUAAACCGGACCAUACCAAUGGGUGUGUAUAUAUAUUCCCAAGUACAUGGGGCACGCUCAUGUAAAUGUUUCUCCGCUUUAAAUCACGCUGUAUAUUCUAGUAUUUUUAGUUCUAUGUCCCAAUGAGCACAUGUCAAAAUCUACAAAAAUCCACCUGCUUUUUUUGCUACCGAGUCUUUCCGUCUCAGUAGCAACUUUAAAAUGAUUAUACUCUUUUUUUUUUUUUUUUAAACUGCUGACUUUUCAAAAUACAAAUUUAAAAUACAAAUAGUAGAAAAUGAAACAUUUUAACAGGAAUCUGAUUCUUGUAUGUCUAACCCUAGGAGUACAUUAUAAAGAAACAUUCUUGUUUAUUUAAACUACCAUGUUUUUUAUUUUACUUUUUAAUAUGAAGUGUUGCAUUUAAAUCCUGGUCUUUACAGCAUUUUAAUUUGCUGAAGACUCGUGUUCUAUCAAAGCUUCAAGUAAAAGUUUGUCCGGGAUUUCUUCA